UUUAGCAUGAAAAACAUUCUUUUACUUUUAACGUUUUGUUGGAUACUGCGUUGUACAAAAGCUUUACUGGAAUACUCUACGACAAACGACAACUACAAUCAAACUAAAGAAAUACCAAACCGCAAUCAGCCUGAAGGAUAUGUUUGUAAUAGACAACCUCAUAGUCCUUGCUGCUACAACGAAUACUGGAACAAUGACACCAAAAGUUGUACAGAAUGUCUGAUUGGAAGUUAUGGCUGGAAUUGUAAAUCAAGCUGUUAUCCUGGAUACUUUGGAAGAUUGUGUCGAGGUCGUUGCCUCUGUAAUGCAUCGGAAUGCCACACUGUAACUGGAUGCAUCCCGACAAAUUAUUCUCAGUCAACUACAAUGUUAGAUACAAAGAAACGUCCAGAAUCAAGUUUACAGCAUGUAUCAAAAGGCGUCACAACAAAGAUAUCAACAUACAGAGGGAGAAGCAUUAAUUUCAAUGGCGCCAACAGUCAAAAAAUGACAACAUUUGUAAUUUAUCUGUUGGGUACCAUUUCUACAUUCUUUGUCAUUGGUUGCUUUCUCCUAUUCUACUCUCCAAGAGUGAAUAUGAAUUCCAACUGUUGUUUUCUUGGUGUAUGUAACAGACAAUUGAUAUGCCCCUGUUUGGAUCAAGAAGGUGUAACAAAAGUGAUCCAAGAAGACACGGAAAUUUCUACUGUAAAUAGAACAUCUUUGUGUGAACAGGUGACACAAAACGAAGACCCGUACUCUGAAAUAAGAUAUUCUCAGUGUAUAGAAGAAAGCAGUUCUCACGGAGCAUGUAGGAACACGAAUUUUUGCCCGAUGCGAGAGUGCGAUUAUUCAGAUAAACAUAACCUCUACCAAAAGCAUAUGGAUCAAAAUGUAUACGAUCACAUUAGAUUAAAAAUUAAUUAUUCACAAACGGUUUCUGAUAAAAAUCCUGAUUCAAGAAAUGAGAAAUUUGUGUCCCUUUGGAGCAAGCAGUCACUCAAAAAGGGAGAACUAGAAAAGAACGAUAUAAAAAGUCAAAGUCUGACAUUUCCUCCAUACACAGCUUUAGGACACAAAACGGGUAGUAGUAAUAAACAUAAGCAUGUACUGCCUAAUUACAGUAUGCAAUUAGCAGAUAUAAAGUUAGAUGCUGAACUGGAUCGUUUCACAGAAGAAGUAAAUCAAAAUUCAAUAGACACGGAUGGUAUGAUUGACGGUCGGAGAAACAACCGCCCGUACAGUUUGGCUCAUUGCUUGUCAAAAUCAGAUAUUAGUAUGGACGAAUGAGAAUCCUGCAAAUCUACCGAUCAUCAUUCUUGAUGGAGAAAACAGAAGGAAAGUAAAAAAUCAAUUUACUCGCUGUGUCCCUUAACUCAACAUUCAGGUAUAUCGACGACGUAUUAUCAAUUAACAAUUCUUAUUUCCAUCCUUAAAUCGACUCGAUAUAUACAAGCGAAGUUAAAAUAAAAGAUACCACGGAGUCUGUGUCAUCUGUUUCAUAUUUGGAUAUUAUACUGGGAAUUGACAUCGAUGGUAACCUAACAACAAAACGUGUAUAAUAAACGCGAUGACCUCAAUUUUCUAUAGUCAACUUUCCUUACUUAUGCAGCAAUAUACCUUCAUCAUCUGCAUAUAGUGUUUUUGUCUCUCAGUUAAUUCGAUACGCAAGGGCAUGCUCUUCAUAUGAAUAGUUUCCAAGGCGAGGCAAGCUACUAACAAACAAGUUGAUAAAAUAGGACUAUCAACAGUCUCGAUUGUAAUAAUUUUUUCCUAAGUUCUGUAGUCGAUACAACGACCUUGUCAGCAAAUACAGUUUUCCACUGGGUCGCAUGCUGACUGACGUUUUUCAUACUAAUUGUUACACCAUAAUUAAUCACCUAAUUGGCUGCGGAUUACGACAAAGAGCACACAGCGUAUGCAACCGGUCAGCAGAGGAUGCUCACUCCUCCUGGGCACCUGAUCCUAUUUCUAUCUUUUUGGAGGUCCAUGUGCUCUGCUUUGAAUUUGUGUUUCGUUUUAUGGAUUUUUGAGAUAGUUGACGGUUUGUCAUUUUUUUCUGUAUCGCAAAAGGAAUAUACGAAACAGAAGUAAAACAUACUGAGGGAGAUAAAAUGUUAAAACUAUCAAUUGUGUAACUGAAACAAAUAUAAUAUGUUCUUAAUUAAAAAAACCACUAUAUUAAUUAAGUGCAUGAGAAACAAAACGAAUUUUAUCUUAAAAAAAGAAAAUACUUUCAAAGAAAAUGACCAAAGAUUUCAAGCCCAGUCGACGGUUUAGAAAACACUUAUUAAUAUCUAAUAUGAAUAGCCUAGACAUAUUUUUUAUUGUUUUUGCUUUGUUUCUUUUCCUCUACUAUUAUUUUUUUCUGUCUCGUUUUCUGAAAAAUGCUUAAUCCGAUGUUAAUGAAAUUUUAUUCAUGACAUAAUUUUUAAGAAAAUUACAAAAAAAAAUUCCGUGUAAU